UGACCCUUUUUUUUUUAUUUUUCGUCAAAACCAAGGGGAACAACAAGUGCGAGCUGGUCGUCGUCCUGUUCGCUAGAACUUCACUUUCGGCAUUUGCUACCUCAACUGCUUGCCUGUAAUUGCAACUCUCUGCCUCUACCACCCUCACUCCCUCUUUAUCUAUUCGUAUCUCUACACCAUGUUGAAAAUUUAAAAUUGAGAAAUAACUCAAAAAAUAAUCAAUUAAUCAAUCAAUCUGUUACUUCAAUUUCAUUUUAAUCUCUCUCAUAUCUUCUUUUUAACUCGCAAAUUUUGCCACUUUGACCACCCCUAAUCAAAUAUCAGAUCGCAAAUUUCAGAGAUUAACAGAGGCGAGAGAGAUAAAAGACGCAAUGGCUAUGUGAGUUUGAUUCCCAAACUUUCAAUGGCAAUAGUUGCUUCUGCUCCGGGUAAGGUGUUGAUGACUGGGGGUUACCUUAUAUUGGAAAGACCCAAUGCAGGGAUUGUACUCAGCACAAAUGCUCGAUUCUAUGCCAUUGUGAAGCCUAUUUACGAUGAAAUCAAACCUGAUAGCUGGGCAUGGGCAUGGAGUGAUGUGAAAUUAACAUCUCCCCAACUCUCUAGAGAAAGCUUGUACAAAUUGUCACUGAAGAACUUAACUCUUCAGUGUGUCUCUUCGAGGCAAGUUUUCACUAAUUAUGCGUGUGUCUGUCUUUUAUUUGCAUCAAGGAACCCUUUUGUGGAACAAGCAGUGCAAUAUGCCAUAGCAGCUGCACAUGCAACGUUUGAAAAAGAUAAGAUGGAUGUCUUAAACAAGCUACUCUUGCAAGGUCUUGAUAUUACAAUUUUAGGUUCCAAUGACUUCUAUUCGUACCGAAAACAGAUUGAAGCACGUGGACUCCCUUUGACACCAGAAGCAUUGGCUGCACUUCCUUCGUUUACCUCAUUCACCUUCAAUGUAGAGGAAGCAAAUGGUAAAAACUGCAAGCCUGAAGUAGCUAAAACUGGUCUGGGUUCAUCAGCAGCAAUGACCACUGCUGUAGUUGCUGCUUUACUUCAUUACCUUGGGGUAAUUGAUCUUUCGUCCUCCUGUAAAGAUAAGAAAUCUUCUGAUCUUGAUAUGGUACAUAUUAUAGCCCAAACUGCCCAUUGUAUUGCACAAGGGAAAGUUGGCAGUGGGUUUGAUGUCAGUUCUGCAGUUUAUGGAAGUUAUCGCUACGUCCGCUUCUCACCAGAAGUGCUUUCCUCUGCUCAGGAUGCCGCGAAAGGAAUUCCAUUACAGGAAGUCAUUGCUAACAUCCUAAAUGGAAAAUGGGACCAUGAGAGGACUAUUUUUUCCUUGCCACCAUUGAUGAGUCUGCUACUAGGCGAGCCAGGAACUGGAGGAUCAUCAACACCAUCAAUGGUGGGUGCUGUAAAGAAAUGGCAGAAGGCUGAUCCUCAGACGUCCCAAGAAACAUGGAGAAAGUUGUCAGAGGCUAAUUCAGCACUUGAAACACAAUUCAGUAUUUUAAGCAAGCUCGCGGAAGAACGUUGGGAUGCAUAUAAAUGUGUGAUAGAUAGCUGCUGCAUGAAAAAAUCAGAGAAGUGGAUUGAGGAGGCAACUGAACCCAGCCGAGAAGUGGUUGUUGAAGCGUUAUUAGGAGCCAGACAUGCCAUGCUUCAAAUCAGAAAUCACCUGCGCCAGAUGGGUGAGUUUGCAGGUGUUCCGAUAGAGCCUGAAUCACAGACUCGACUUUUGGAUAUUACUAUGGAUAUGGAUGGAGUUUUGUUGGCUGGAGUUCCUGGAGCAGGUGGGUUUGAUGCAGUCUUUGCUGUGACCUUAGGGGACUCUAGCAGCAACGUGAUAAAAGCAUGGAGUUCACUCAAUAUUCUGGCCUUGUUGGUUAGAGAAGAUCCUCGUGGCGUUUCACUAGAAAGCUGCGAUCCAAGAACAAAUGAAAUUGCAUCUUCAGUGGAAGUUGACAAACUAUGCCCACCUUAAUUAUAGGUGGGAAAUGUGAUUUUUCAGAAAGGAACUUUGGCAUAUAUAGUUUAACGGCUGUAAUAAAUGAUGACGGUCAUCGCCUAGCGCCUGAUAGAUGAAAAAUUCGGUUUGAAUUCCUGAUUCGUUUUACGUUAAUAACUGCUUAAAGAGGUAA